UUGAUUGGAUUGACGGCGUUGUUGCUGUUCCCUGAUUGGCUGUCUACUCCACAACAUAGUUCCGCAAACCGAGUGCUUGUUUGGGUUUCGUACUGAAGCUCUUCAAGCCCACAAGAGUCCAGACCUGAAGAACCUGUCUUGUAUUGUGGCUCCAGUUUGUAAAGAUUUUACUAAAGAAGCAACAGAAAUGGCAUCGGACUCUCCACGCAGGCCGAGUCGCUGUGCUGGAGGAGUUUUGGUGCGAGCACAAGCUGCAACGGAACAGUCGUACAUGGAAAGUGUUGUGACCUUUUUACAGGAUGUUGUCCCACAGGCAUACACUGGUGCUGUACCCACUGACGAGAAAGAGAAAAUCAUUUGGAUUCGAUUUGAGAAAGCCGACAUCAAUGACACUGCUCGAAACCCAGAGUUUAUAGAGAUGCAUGGUGGCAUCUCAGACCCGCCCCUUUGCCUCAUGAUUGGCUACACUGAUGGGAUGCAGAUCUGGAGCGUAUCUUUGGCAGGGGAAGCCCAGGAGCUGUUUUCAGUGCGUCAUGGACCUGUGCGAGCUGCUCGCAUUCUGCCAGCCCCUCAUAUCAGUUCUCUAAAAACAGAUAGUUUUGCUGAGAAGAGACCUUUGCUGGGAGUCUGCAAGAGCGCAGGGUCCUCUGGGACAAGUCCUCCCUACUGCUGCGCUGACCUGUAUUCUUUACGGACAGGAGAAAUGGUUAAGUCCAUCCAGUUCAAGACACCAAUAUAUGAUCUCCACUGCAAUAAACAUAUUCUUGUGGUGAGCCUGCAAGAAAAAAUUGCUGCAUUUGACAGUUGCACCUUCACCAAGAAGUUCUUUGUUACAAGCUGCUACCCUUGUCCUGGACCUUGUCUCAAUCCAGUCGCUCUGGGAAGCCGUUGGCUCGCCUAUGCUGAAAACAAGUUGAUAAGAUGUCACCAGUCUCGUGGAGGAGCUUGUGGUGACAAUGCACAAUCAUAUACAGCUACAGUGAUCAAUGCCGCCAAAACUUUGAAAACCGGCCUAACAAUGGUAGGUAAAGUUGUGACACAGCUGGCAGGCACCAUACCACCAGGCACGCCCGACGAGGAUGGCGCCCCUCACAGCUCAAGCCGGCGCAGCCCCCACAGCCCUGGUGUGGUCACCAUCAUCGACACAGAAAGUGUUGGAGAAGGACAG